UUUAGUAGGAAAUAGUUUCAUUUUGAGGUUUGAAGCAGAUCGACGAAAAUGAAGGUAUUGGCUAUUGUUGCUCUUUUGGCUUGUGGUGCCUUCGCCGCAGAAGGACCCCAAUGUCAAGCUCCAAACGGAGGAGGACUUCAACCAGUCUUGCAGGAAUUCACCGCCCUCAUCCCAACUGACAAAAUUUUGGAACUCCUCUUGACCUCCAUGACCUCUGAUCCAGAAACUCAAGCCGUCAUGGAAUUCUUGUCAUCAUCCGAAUUCCACCAAGUCGUCAAUCUCGUCCAAAGUCAACCAUCAUUCAAGACCCUUUUGGAUUUCGCUUGCAGUGACUUGUACCUCGAUGCUGCCUACUACUUCAAUCUCUUGGCUGGUAUCUUCGGAUUCCCAGAAGUUCGCUCCCACCCACGUGCUAUCGCCCGCGCUGGUGGAUUCCGUGGUCUCUUGUUGGACAUCCUCGAAGUUAUCCCAGUUGAUGAAAUCAAGGCCCUCUUCGAACAGAAAUUGGCUUCCGAUUACUACCUCCAAUUGGCUUUCCAAAAAAUCAACUCUGAUGAAUUCGGAGCUAUUGUUGAUACUCUUAAAGCUAAUGCUGCCUACGUCGACAUGAAGGACCGUCUCCGUGGAUUGGGAGUUGAUGUUGACCUCAUCAUUGACACCAUCAACAAGAUCUUCCACUAAUUCGAGUUUCCAAAAGAAUGUUAAAUAAAUAUUCUCUAUGAGAUGGACAA